UGCAAAUGGCCAAGCAUUUGCAAAGUAAAAAGAUUUUCGGUAAAGUUGUAUGAUAAUUGUAUUUUUUUCCAAAAUGCUUUCUUUUGGAGAUUUUGCCGUGUUAGACGUUUAAAAUACACAAUGUUUGUGUGUGUGUGUGUGUGUGUGUGUAGAUAGAUAGAUAGAUAGAUAGAUAGAUAGAUAAAUGUAUAUAAAUUUUUUAAUGAUUGCUAGGUAGUGAAAACACGUAAGGGAACUGAAAACGAGGAGCCUCAACUAAAUCACAAGAAAUUGAAGUUGUCACCCAAAAGAAAAGGCAAAAAAGAAGAUAAAAGUUUGAAAAAGAAAGGCAGUGCUGUCAAGGAAAAAAAAACAAUGAAAAUGAAAUAAUGGAACAGAAAAGUGAAAAGAAAAGCAAUAAAGAUGCACAAGAUGAAGUGCCUGAAGAUAAAUUUGAAGAUGAUAAAACAUUAAAAUUCAAUGAAACGGACGAGAUAACGAAUCAUGAGAAAGGAAAGGAAGAUGCAGUACAAGCUAAAGUAUACGAAGAAAAAUCGGAAGUUGAUGAAACACUGAAAUUAAAUGAAACGGAGGAAAUAAAUAAUCGUGAGAAAGAAGAAAAUAAUAGCAGUGCCAAGAAACAGGAAAACUUGCAAGCCAAAAAAAAUGUUCUCCAGGAAACAGAAAAAGAAUUAAUUGGUAAGACAAUGGUAAAUGAAGACGAGAAGACAAUUGGAAAAAGUAAAGAAGUAAAGGGACAAGAAAAAUCUCAGAAACUUAAUCGCACAUCUCAAAAAAAGUCUAAAAAUAAAAAAAAAUUAGAGGAAAACGAAGAUUUUAAGAAAACUGAAAGCCUUCAAGAAAAAAAUGUAGAAUUACAGAACAAGUUAAAUACCGAAAGAGAUGUUAAUAGUUCUUUAAAACAAGAAUGUGAGGAAUUGAUGAAGAAAAACAUGGAUCUACAGGAGAAGGUUAUCAAUAGGAUGGAUGAAUUCGCUUCUCGAAAAAUCAAUCCUUUCGAGAUCAUGUCAAAGAGUACAAUGGCAGUAGGAUAUGUAAGAGAUGAUGGACAUAUUCAUUGCGGUAACGAUAUAUACAUAAGCUUAACAGCUUAUAAUAAUGCGAAAAGUAAUGCCGCUAGAAACAACGAUUCUAACAGUCACUUUGUAAAAUAAAUGGCCGUCUCAAUUAUUGGAAUUCAAGAAUUGAAAGAAACCAGCAUUACUGGAAGAAGAUGCAACAUAACCAAAAAAAAAAAACAAGCACCAAAAAGAAAAAC